AUGGCUGACAUUAGUUCGUUGAUCAAUCCUCCCGACGAGAAGGAGGAGCAGGCGCCCGUUGCUCCCAAAACGGAAGAUGGCAAAAUCCCAGAGGACACGAUAUUGGCCUCGUUUGACAAAAUCAAAACACACUUUCCUGCUGCCAGAAUAAAGAAAAUCAUGCAGUCUGACGAAGAGAUAGGCAAAGUUGCUCAGGCCACGCCGAUUGUUGUGGGUCGUGCAUUGGAGAUUUUCAUGGCCAACUUGGUGGAGGCUGCCAUCAGUGAAGCCAAGUCGUCGGGUGUCCGUCGUAUAGCUGCGUCCCACGUUAGAGCUGCUGUGGAAAACACCGAGCAGUUUGAUUUUUUGGUGGAUGCGGUGCUGAAGUACCAGCUGAAGUAA